AUGAUGGACGAAAAGGUGACUGGAGUCGAGGCCAUGGCAGCCUGCUACCAGGGAUUUGAUCCAGCAGCGUAUCUGCAGUAUAACUACACUCCACCACGAGCUGAUUUUGAUAGACAGGACAGCAUUGUGCCGUGGAAGCUGGCAUGUCUGCAUAGAGCUUUUAAUGAAGGCGACGUGAGGGGCGAGCUGCUGGUGGACGUAGGUUCGGGCCCCACCUUGUACCAGGUGCUGAGUGGCUGUGAGGUUUUCAGCAAGGUGCUCCUCACAGACUUCCUGGAGGUCAACAGGCAGGAGCUGAGGCACUGGCUCCAGGACGAGGGAGGCUGCAGCCUGGACUGGACCCCCUACCUGCAGCACGUGUGCAAGCUGGAGGGACGACGGCCCUCAGAAUGGACAGAGAAAGCUGCCAAACUACGUCAGGUCAUCACGGACAUCCUCCCCAUUGACGUGCACCGCCCUCAGCCUCUGGCCCAUGACGCCCUUCCUUCAGCGGGGGCCGACUGUCUCGUGUCCUGCUUCUGUCUGGAGAGCGUCAGCCCUGACCUGGCUGCCUUCACCAGGGCCCUGGGCCACAUUGGGAGGCUCCUGCGGCCUGGUGGUCACCUCCUGCUCAUCGGAGCCCUGGGAGAGAGCUUCUAUUUCGGGGGACCUGGGAUAAAGAUCCCCGUGGUCCCGCUGAAUGAGGCCCAGGUGUGUGAUAGUUUGAAGGAGAGCGGCUACACCCUGAUCCGGUUGGAGGUCUACACACUGCCUCAGGACAUGAGGGUGGGGGUGGAUGACGUUACUGGGGUGUUUUUUGUUAAGGCAAAAAAGGAUUAA